AUGGUACGAAAAAGAACAGCUCAAAGUAUUCUUGAUAGUGACGAAGAAAAUUCAACUUUAAGGCAAUCUAGUUCUGUAUCAACUUCAUAUUGUAAUGGAAGAUUAGUGGAUUAUUGUAUACAAAUGCUUCACAAUAUGUCAGACUACAAUUUGGAUGAUUUAACAAAUACCACUUCACCAAUACAUUUACUAAAUGAAAUGGAAAUAUCUUGUGAAGCUUCUCAAUCCUCUGAAAUUCAGCAAAAUAUUACCACUAUACAAUAUAUCGAUCAAGGUAUUGAAUUUAUUGAACAAUUAGAUUACAAUCGAUUAAAUGAAGAAUUAGACUAUGAUUAA